AUGCCUGGUAAGCCCACAGCUCAUGUGAAACAGCUUCUUCAAGGACCUGGGAAAUCUCCGUCGACGCAUGAGAUACAACACGCUCUGUGGGUUGGCAAUAUCCCCAGCGAGACCAAUAUUCUGGACUUGAAGGAUUUCUUUUUGGACGUUACCCCAAACGACCUUAUCAGUCUAUCCUAUAAUCCCGCCUCAAGGUACGCGUUUGCGAACUUCAGCAAAGAGAGCGCUCGCAUCACCGCAAUUGUGCAUGCGGCUUCCACUCUGUUCCGGGAAAACCGACUGGAUUGCCGAAUUAGGUCUGAGGGACAACCGAGAUCUGUCAAAGUCAGCUAUGGCCUCAGUGCUGGUGAUAAUAGAAAUAUUGCAGUCCCAAAACCCACCGACGACCAGAAACAAAAGGCUAAGGAGUUAGCCUUCUUCCCUGAUUGUGACGUCGACCAAAAUGAUAAGGAAAAGUUCUUCAUUAUCAAGAGCUUCACACUCGAAGCAAUACGCCAGAGCCUAGAAACGAAUCUGUGGUAUAUACCGCAGAGACACGCCUGUCGCUCGAAUUAUGCUUUUCGGACGGCUCGAAAGGUAUAUUUUAUCUUCUCAGUCAAUGGCUCCGGUGAGCUGCUCGGUUACGCAUCAAUGGAAUCUGAGGUUCAGAUAUCUGAGACACCCAGCAGCCCUCUGCAUGACCUGGAGUUGCCUCGAAUGCGUAGUGUCGAACUAUCCGCCAAAGAGAGUCUCGUCGACAAUACUUCCGACAUCGGGUACAGAUUUCGAACCACGUCCCCACACACGCAUAGAUCAUCCACCCCGGGAAAAGUGAUAUAUGAGCCAGAUAGACGGCGAAUCAUUUGGAGAGCGUCAACAAAUUCGCAAGACUCCGAUGUCGAUUCUUCAAAAUACCUAAAGAUGGCUUCACUUGGCCACGGAAGCGUAGCGACCUCCCAGCAAGGAAGAUGGAGGAGCAAGUCCCCAGCCAUCGGGACGGGCCAAAGCCACAGAUCAUGCUCCUGUGAGAGAGGUGCAUGGCUGCCGACGAGGCACAUGAGCGACCCUCCUCCGCAGCUCCAACGCAUCAGCGCCCCAUGCCAGAUCAAAUGGAUCUCCCGCGAGCAAAUCCCCUUCGAACAAGUCCGCGGUAUUAAGAACCCCUGGAGCGAGGACAUGAACGUCAGUCGAGCCAAAAACGUCACGCCGGUGCACCCAGACGCUGGAGCAGCAAUCCUGAAGCUUUGGAGGAGGAAAAUCAUGCAGAGGCAGAACAAUAUAUGGAGAGAAGCAAGUACAGAGGCGUGGGGUCGGCGUUGA